AUGGAGGUGCAGGACUGUGUGGUUGGCUUGUACCAGACCGUGGGGAGACCUUUGGGGGACCCCUUCUCUACUCAAGAUGUGAGCCAACUGUUUGGGAAAGUCUUUCAUGAGCCGUCUAAUGCUGAGGAGGUGCAUGCGGCUAUCACAAAGAUUUCCAACGGUGACAGCGGUUGGACGUGCGCUGGUCAGAAUGUCUUGGAUGUUCUCAGAGAAAUGGAAUAUCAGAGAGUCCAAAAUGAAAAGCUGUACUGGGAGUGCCAGCUGUUAAACGCAGUGAGCAACCACCAAACUCAACAUGUGAGGAACACACGGCUCACAUCCGAUCCAUUCUCCCUGCACCACAGUUAUCAGAAAACUAGCAUGAGGAAACUGAGGAAAGCCCAUAGACAGAGCUGGGCCAGGCUGGUGGAAGAGGGCCUGGCCAGUCUACUGCCCGCUCGUUCACCAGGUUGUCCCGUGAGGAGCCUUUCCUGGGGCUUGGUCAGCUUAUCAGAGCUUCUUCUCUUGGUGGAAGUCAAAUACGACGUUGUAAACAGCCUGCUUUACACCGAGAUGCUGAAAGAAGACUACUCUGCAGAUGUGUGGGAGAGUCUGUCGCCAUGGGAACAGCGGGAGGCGGAGGAGGGGCUGGCGGAGAGAGCAGAGCAGGCUUUGGAGUCACAUGACCCUCUUCACCUGGCCCAGCUGCCCGGGGCCCUCCGCACAUACAGGUGA